CUAUUGGGCUUUCUAUUGUGAUUACAUUGGCUUUGAUAACUUUUAUGAACUUCUUUGCAAUGCACAUGAUAUGAAUCUUCAUUUCCAAAACACACCAUUAGAACAAACCACUAUUGGAACAAACUUGCCAGUAAUUUUAGAUGUAAUUGGUAUCUGGUAUAAUAAUUUCUUUGAUGCACAAACACAACUUUUCUUUGAACCACCCGUUCCAAAAGAUGAUAAAAUAAAAGCCAAAUGCAAGUUUUGCACUAACAAAAAAACAUACCUUACUCUAAGCAAAGGUGCUACUACUAGCCUACAUGCUCAUAUUACUAAUGUUUAUAAAGUCAAUAUCAUGAAGACAGUUAGUUCUGAGAAUUUUCCGGUUGUAGCUUCUAGAUCAAGUGAGAGUAUUCUUAGAAAAGCAUUAGUCAAGUAG